AUGAGUAACGAGAAGCAAAAUUUUCUCCUUUAUCAAUUAAGUCCCUUAAGAAAAUUAGAGGAAGUAAAUUUGAAAGAGCGAGGAAAAAAAGAGAAAUAUAUUGAAGAUAUUUUUCAUCCAACAGAAGAAAGAGACUGUAUAAUCGACACACUAGCAUUUAAUAAAAGUAACAAUAGUUUUUUAAUUAUUGAGUAUAAAAGAGAAAAAACAGUCGAAUUGUUUUAUCAAGUUCGUGAAUAUAUGGAAUGUUUGGAAGAAGUAAAGAAAUGGAUGCGUGAUAUUGAUAAUCUCUAUAAUUCCGUUCUCGAACUAGAAUCUAAAACUAGACUUGGAAAUUUCAACGGCAAUAAUAAAUACUGUGCUUUUAGUUAUAGACUUCGUUACCAAAUUCAAAAAAUUUCCUUAUUAAGUUCUAUUGCUGUUUAUCUAACCCAAAUUAACGUUUAUUGGAACUUUAAAAAACCCGCAGAAAUUUCGACCAAUUUGUCCAAUUUGUUGAAUAAUGAUAACAAUUUUCAGAAAUUAAAAAGUUUUAUUCAUGAGUAUAAAAACCAAAAACCUUUAAAAGCCUUAAUUUUUGACUUGCUUUAUAAUCGCUACUAUGGAGUUAUCAUUUAUGUCCGUAUUUUUGAAGGAGAAUUGACCAAAGGACAAAAAAUUAAGUUUUAUACUAAUCAGCAAAAAGUAUAUCAAGCCGAAAGGGUGGGAGUAAAAAUACCCAAAGAAAUUUUAAAAAAUAAAUUAGUGGCGGGAGAAAUUGACCACCAUAUCUCACCCUUAGCAGGCUAUCAAGAAAUAAAACCGAAUGUCUAUUCUAAUUUAUAUCCUAGUGAAAGUUCUCAAUUCAAAGAAUUUAAAAAAUAUUUGGAAGAACUGCAAGUCCAAGACAGUAGUUUAAGUUUAGAGUCAGUUGACUCUCAAUUGCUUGGUUCAGGUUUCCGUUGUGGCUUUUUAGGGUUAUUGCAUCGAGAAAUUAUUUGCGAAAGACUGCAAAAAGAAUAUAAUUGUGAAAUUAUUACUACUCCCCCCAGUAUUACUUAUCGAGUAGUUUUCAAUAAUGGUGAAAUUUUAGAAACUAGCAAUCCCCAGAAGAUAUCGGCCAAAGGCAAGAUAAAGAGCAUUGAAGAGUUAUUGGUCAAUUUAGAAAUUACCACCCCUGAAGAACAUUUAGGAGAUAUUUUGCAAAUUUGCCAAAAUAAGCGAGGCAUUUUACAUCGUGAUGCUGCUUAUGACCGGGCUAAAGUAAUUUGCGAAAACUUAAAAAAAACUCUCAAUCGGCAAACUUUUGCCGUGCCAGUUCAGGCUUGUAUCGGUAAUCAAGUAAUUGCUCGGGAGACUUUACCGGCUUUGAAAAAAAAUGUAAUCUCUAGAAUUCAUGGGGGGGGUUCCAUAGACCGCAAAAUGAAACUCUGA